AUGGCUAAUCAAUUAUCCGGUUCUUGCAGACCAAUUGAAAUGGAAGUUGGACCAAAAUUGAUUAUAAAUGGAAUGGAUAAAACUGUAAAUCCUUGUGAGGAUUUUUAUUCAUUCGUUUGUGGAUCAUGGCCGAUCAAUUAUCCAGUUCCUGAAGACAAAUUCAAAUGGGAUUUAGAUGGAAUGGUUGAAAGAAAAAUCCAAACUUUUCUGAAAAAGAUUGUGCAAAAACGACCAAGGUCUGACGACAGUAUGCCAUUGGCGUUGGAAAAGAAAUGGUUCGCUGCAUGCAUGGAUGAAGGUGAAUUAAAAAAUUGUGUGGCCUCCAUUUGGUGCAGUAAAAUCGAAAGUAAAGUAAAGUAA